GUUGAACAUAUAGAGCAUCGGUCGGAACUUGAUCGUUGUCAGUGGGAAUGUAGACCUCGUUGGGUACUUUUCCGAAGGCUUGGCGAUAUUACGAUACGAUCCGUAAGGGUGUAGUCUCUCUUAAGAAAUCCCUCGAGCCGAUAGAGCGAGUUAAUUUUCGAGCGACCGGUCGGGAAACGUUCAUGAGGCCCGUUAUCAGCUAGAGACAGGAAACUAAAUUAAAACUGAAACGUUCAACGUCCAGUGGACGUCCAAUUAAAUUGGUAUGCGCUUUCACAAUCAAGGAGAGAAGUUCAUUUUGGUCGAUUAGAGAGAACCGGAAGGGAGAUGCCGUGGUCGUUUUUCAUACGCGACGAGUUUAUACCUUUAUGUUUCGAUGAAAAGGAAGGAAUCGAAACGAGGAAAACGAAGGGAACACACGCGAGAAAUACGGGUUUUAAAGCGCGGUCGUUCACCAGGCUCAAUCGAGUCGCGAACGUCGUCCGAGGAGAAGCGUGUUUCCAUUUUCGAAUGGCGGAGAAUGAGACGAGGUCGGGGAUGGUCGGCCAGCAGCUCAGGCAGCUCACGUUCGGAUGGACCGAUUACACACUUUUCAGCGGCCUGCUGGGCGUCAGCGUUCUGAUAGGGAUCUAUUUCGGUUGUUUCGGCAAGAAGCAAGAUAACACCACCGAAUAUUUGCUCGGAGGGAAGACGAUGACUUGUUUCCCGGUUAGCAUGAGUCUAAUUGCAAGUCACAUAUCGGCGGUGUCUUUGCUCGCCAUACCCGUCGAGGUCUAUCAAUACGGGACGCAAUACGCCGCCUGUAUUUUUACAUCGGUAAUAUCGUGCGGCCUCGUUGCCAUUAUCUACGUGCCGGUGUUUUACAAUCUCCAGUUGACCAGCACGUUCGAAUAUUUGGAGAUGAGAUUCACCAGGCCGGUCCGCACCUUCGCCUCGUUUCUCUACUCCCUCUCGCUGAUUAUUUACGUACCCUUGAUCAUCUACGUACCCUCGUUGGCGUUCUCUCAGGCGACAGCGAUCAAUCUGCACUUGGUCACACCGGUUAUCUGCAUCGUGUGCAUAUUCUACACGACGAUCGGUGGUCUGAAAGCUGUUGUAUGGGCUGACACCAUUCAAAUGACCGUAACCCUAGGCAGCCUCUUCGCCGUGCUAAUUUUAGGGAUCAUAUCCGUCGGAGGUGUGGCCGAAAUCUGGAGACUGUCGGAAGAGGGGCACAGAAUCGUCUUUUGGAACAUGAACCCGAGCCUGUUCGCGAGGAACUCGUUGUUGGGCAUGUCGGUGGGCAUGACUCUUACUUGGGUAGCGGGUCUCGGUAUCAGUCAAGUGUCCAUGCAGCGGUUCCUGUCGGUGCCAAACCUUAGGGAGGCUCACAAGGCACUCGGAUUUCUAGCAAUAUGCAUGACAGUGGUCAAAUGGAUCUCCGUGUUCACGGGCCUGAUAAUGUACGCCAGGUACCACAAGUGCGACCCCAUAAGCACCCACGUAAUCACGAGAAGCGACCAAUUACUGCCGUAUUAUGUGUUGGACGUAGCCGCGGAUAUUCCAGGACUUCCCGGCCUCUUUCUUGCCGGCCUCGUCAGUGCCGGCCUUUCCACGAUGAGCGCCAAUUUGAACACAGUAGCCGGAACAAUUUACGAGGAUUUCAUCGAUCCCUGGCUGCCGGAUAGCGACAAGAAGGAGGCCAGAGCCGCGAUGAUCAUGAAGUGCAUCGUGGUCGUCGUAGGUUUGAUCUGCGUGGCGGCUGUGUUCGCCGUGGACCGUUUAGCCGACAUUUUCCAAGUCUCUUUGACCCUGCACGGUGUCACGGCCGGCGCGAUGGUCGGCAUCUUCACGCUGGGAAUGCUGGUGCCGUGGGCAACGUCGAAGGGCGCGAUCGCCGGCGGAUUGCUCUCCAUUCUGAUCAUGGUUUGGAUCAUCGUCGGUGCCCAGGUGAACGUGGCCCAGAAACGACUGUACUAUCCACCGCUUCCGACCUCCACCGACCAAUGUAUCGGCGAUUGGUUCAAUCAAACUACUAGUCAUUCGAUUCACACCCCGCCGACUACCGAUCCGGACGACCAGCCUUUCAUUCUGUUCACCAUAUCGUUCAUGUACUACACUCUGAUCGGUUUCAUGAUAGUGAUGGUCGUGGGCACCGCGGUCAGCUUCCUGUGCGGUCCUUCCGACUUGAGGGAGGUCAACAGGAAUCAUUUCCCUCCGAUCGUCCAAAGAUUUUUGCCGCCGAGGAAGUACAUGGAGGUGCCGUUGCACGCGAUACCGACCGCUCUGAUCACGAAUCCGGAGAAAGAGAAGGUGAACGCGUGAAAACAAAGCGAACCGUUCCUGUAAAUAUCGCCGGUACUGGCGUUAAGAACAAAUUCAGGAGCGAUAAGUAUCUAUUAAGUAUUGGUACGCGCACAAGGGUGGGACAGGACGGUCCCGUGGUCCCGUUCGUCCCGAGAAAGCUGGCCCAUAUAACCGAUCCAUCGGUCUGUCCCGGGUUGAAAGCAGCUAUUAGGCCCUCGAUGAGGGUGUCAAAUUGACUAGAUUAUAUAUCUGAGGGACGCAUCUCGAUACAAACAACUCUUCUAAACAUCCGAAGGAACGAUGCCUAUCGGAUUAGGGCGAAUGUAAAUGGGGAAGGGUGUGCGCUUUUUUGUCGAGUCAUUCGUCGAGUCGAACGAGAGAAAAUCCGCGAAAGAUCGAUCCGAUCGGUGAUGUACGAGCGUCGCGACCGGCUGCACACGUGUGUCCACGUACGCGCGUUGCCUCUGUUCGUUAAAAACUUAAAAGAGACACGGGUCAAUUGGAGCAGGCCGCGCGCGCGCGCGCGCGCAAUCCUCGGCCACCGCGAGCGCAAUUUAUUUCCACGGCGAUUUCAUCGAGCUGCUCCGAAGUACGUUUUCAAUCGGGCACAAAGUUGUUCCGGGGUCGUUAUAAAAAUUUCACGGUUCUAUAAACGGCGACUCGAGAUCGCGAUACUGUACGGGACCGGGAAGCGACGUCGGAUUUAUCGUCGAUACAAGCUCGCCCGUUCGUCGGUUACAAUGGAAAAGACAUUGGUACCGUGACGAAAAAUCGAUCCCGGAGUUAUGCUAUUAUACGUCGCGCACACAGUGGCGGCCGUAUACUUAAGGAUACUGUUUAAUUCGAUUUCAUGGGCUACAUAUUCCGAGGAAUAGAAGCUGUUCGAGAAUAUACGUUUUACGUAUCGUGCGUCUGGAGUUUAUAUUAACGUCGAGUGCCGCGUAAUUUUUUAACCGGGUUUCGAAAUUCAUUCUUAUUGUAACACAUUGGAUCACAAUGGAUCAUCGGAACACAAAAGAGCUAAUCUAAUAUUUUCCAUGGCAGAUUCGAACUUUUUACUUUCGCUUUCAUUGUCGAACGACUUCGACCAUUGUUCCGGCCAUUUUUGGAGCUGAUAUUCGGCAUCUGACGCGUUAAAAUAUAUCAGAAGACAAUGACA